UGAACAUCCAUGGUUCCCAUGUCACUUCAGCUCAACACGUAUUGAGCCGGAAGUCAACAACACAACACACUCAAUGUGAAAACAAACCACCAGAGAAUCGUCUCCUUGAGAUAGAUACCUAUCCAUAGAAUCCUCAUUUACCAACUCGUCAUAUUCUGCAAUACCAUUACUAUGGCACCAGACCUAAACUCUGUUCCUGCGUCACCAAGAACCCUCGCGGAUGCCACAUCCCCGCGUAUCACAUCUAGAAACACCCCAAGACGAGCUUCGCAGCAGAUGGCUCCACCUGCAUUACCUCCCACUUCCUUGAAUAUUCUGCCCUCGAACCAAAGUGCUGUCAACCAUAUCGGUUCUCCUCCCUUGACAUCUCCAACUAUGCCAUAUACUUCUAUGACUGCAGCUCCGGUGGGAGAUAAUACAGGAGUCGGGACUGGACCGGGUCCUUUGAGACAUCCCCGUCCUCUCACGGCCGCGGACUUGCACCUUCAGUUGGAGAAGGAGCAGGAAGCUGUUGUGCGUCUCCUAACUACCAAGGACUGAGUUGAAAUUAACUGGAGAUUCAUAGGUCAACCGACUUACCAGAGAGCUUUCCAUGCUUCGAGCAGCACAAAACGCCUCCGUCGUAUCCAAUGCCUCGUCAACCUCGACCGGUAUCCCAGAUAGCACAGAUACAAACGCAAACCACCUCCUCUCGGGGCCCUCUCACCCUCAGCCCUCUCAACGACGCCAUCAACGCUCUUCCUCUUCAACCAGCACCCGUAGCAUUCCCAUAGGCACAACCUCCGUCACCAAUUUAGCUCCCUCCUCCACCCUCGAUCGCACACGCGGAAACCCACAUCGCCAAGAUUCAAUUCCCCAAUCUCACGCUCUGUCCCGUCAGAACAGCAUGACCUCCUCCCGCCGCAGCGGAGCCAGUAGUCCCGCCCCUCUAAGCUCGAGUUAUACACAUCCUGAUCACUUCCCGCAUUUCUACCAACAACGUCCUUCUCUCACGUCCCACCAACGCGACCCCUCGUACACGAAUCUUCACGCUUCGAUUGCGCAUAACAAUGAGAACGUAAACCCUAAUCUUCGUUCUGAUUCUAUAACUUCCGUUCCUACUACGGGUCGGUAUGAAGAGACGGCUUUUCAUCGACAUGAGUUGGAUAGUGUGAAGCGGGAGAAUGAGUUACUUAAGCGUCGAAUUCGGGAAUUGGAACGAACGUUACGUGCUCGUCGUCCAAGUGAUGCGAAUCGACCGGCCGAUGCGCGAAGACCUAGUGAUGCUAGUAGAACAAGAAGUGAGAGUGUGUCUACCACUGCUAGUGUUAGGGAUAAUACCGCAGCGGGCUUGGGGAUUGGAAAUGGACGGGGACGAGAAAGGGAGAAGGAGGGCGAGGAGGAUAGUGUGAGGGUUGGGGAGAGUGCUAGGAGCUCGGGGGUUGUGAGGUGAUUUCCUCAAUCACAACUUCGUAUGUGUAUUUGGUGGAUCUGGGCCGAUUGGGGUUAUAUGAUAGAUUUCUUUUGCAUUACUUUGCUUGUGCUGCGCGGGACGGAUACGGAAAGCAAUAUUCACGAUUGGGGCCUUUUUCAUGUAUGAAAGGGAAAAAAGUAUGGCGCUGGCAUUGAUUUUACUGAGCGUGCUUUUUCUCAGGCAGUCAUUCUGGU